CUUUCUAAUGGAUUAGACGCUCAAACGCAAUCACCACAGCAAAAGGUUGCACCUUUUCAACAAUGUCACUCUCUUUCUCUUCUUCUUCCCUGACCGUUUCCCUCACUCGCGAGCUUUCUUCUUCAUCCUUCUCUCCAGCAACCACCACCCGUUCCUUCUUCUACCGCACCAGACCCGCUUGUUCUCCUUCUUCCACUAUCACGUGCUUCUCCAAUUCCAAGAACCACCUUGCGAGGGCCAUCGAGCUCGCAAAGGAACUGGUGGCAGGCCAGCGUGACACGUCAGCAUCAGUAGCAGCAGAAGCUAACUUUGUGAAGCAGUUGAAGUUGAAGAAUUUGGUUCCCGCCAUAAUUGUGUCGGUUCAGAUCACUCUUUUGCUUCCUUUAGUUGGACCAUGGGAUUAUUCAGGGUCGUAUCUGUCACCUUCUGCAAUGGCGAUUCUGUAUUCACCGGAUACCAAGGUUCCCAGAACCGGAGAAGUUGCUUUGAGAAGGGCUAUUCCUGCAAACGCUAACAUGAAAUCCAUUCAGGAUUCUCUGGAAGAUAUUUCGUACUUGUUAAGGAUCCCACAGAGGAAACCAUAUGGAACAAUGGAGGGCAACGUGAAGAAAGCAUUGAAGAUAGCAGUAGAUCAAAAGGAGUCUAUACUUGCAAGUAUACCAGCAGAAUUGAAGGAAAAGGGUUCUUUGGUACAUGCAUCUCUAAUAAAUGGAAAGGGUGGGUUGCAAGCACUUCUACAAUCUAUAAAGGAACAGGAUGCAGAUAAAGUAUCUGUGAACCUUGCUUCUGCACUAGAUACUGUAGCAGAGCUAGAGUUAUUACAGGCACCAGGAAUAUCUUUCUUGUUGCCACAGCAAUAUGUGCAAUACCCACGGCUUUCAGGGAGAGGAACUGUUGAGUUUACCAUUGAGAAAGGAGAUGGUUCAACAUUUUCUCCAGUUGGUGGUGAAUCAAAAAAAACUGCCACCAUUCAGGUUGUUAUUGAUGGAUACUCUGCUCCAUUAACUGCAGGGAAUUUUGCAAAACUGGUGAUGGAUGGAGCUUAUGAUGGUGCGAAGCUCAGCACUUCCAACCAAGCUAUCCUAUCAGAUAAUGGAGCUGAUAAGAACAGUGGUUUCAGUGUUCCCUUGGAAAUAAUGCCCUCUGGACAAUUCGAGCCCCUUUACAAAACAACGCUGAGUGUGCAGGAUGGAGAACUUCCAGUUCUUCCUCUAUCUGUUUACGGGGCAGUAGCUAUGGCGCAUAAUGAAGUCUCUGAUGAGUAUUCAUCGCCUUAUCAGUUUUUCUUCUAUCUCUAUGAUAAACGAAGUGCUGGCUUGGGAGGGAUAUCAUUUGAUGAAGGACAAUUUUCGGUUUUCGGAUACACGACUAAUGGGAGAGAUAUCCUACCCCAGAUAAAAACUGGUGAUAUUGUUCGUUCUGCAAAGCUUGUCGAAGGCCAAGACCGCCUUGUAUUGCCAAAGGAUAGGGAAGUAUGCAGUGGUUCCUCACUUCCUCCUCGGUCAUGAAGAGAUGACAUUGGCACUCUCAUCGGUCGAUAUGCGCCAACGAUGACACAUUCAAGACAGUAGCAACAAAAGUUAGGGGUGGGGAUGGAAGUGCUUUUGGGUUUUAUCUUGUGCAGUUCUCAUCUCAUUCUUCCGGUAAGGGGAAUGUGAGGUGGUUUUGUGAGGGGUGGGACCUCUCGGCCCCCUGGACCAAGGGAGGAGGUGAAAAAGAGAUCUUUGAAAAAAAGGAGGAAGACCAACGCAAAUGAUGUUUUCUCUGGCAUACGAGCUCUGUUCCCAUGCUCAGCGAAUUGGAUGGAGGAAGGGGCAAAGAAUAAUGUGGUACAUAGGAAGGCCCACGUCGAAAUGGUCCCUGUAGCGGCAAAGAAAAACCAGAUGACACAGGAGGAAAGAACACGCUUUUUUGCAGACAUGGUAAAAAGCGAAAGAAAAACUGGAAGGGGCGAAGAGGAGGUAAUGGAAGGAGACACAAACCAAGCGAAAACAGAGGAAAAUGAAGAAAUGGAGGAAGAGGAUGAAUUGGUUAUUAAGAAAAUGCCGAAUGGGCUGUAUAACUUGGUAACAGGAGAGCGCAUUAAGAGGGAGCUAAGGAAAUAGUGGUGGGAAUCUCUAAUAGUGAAGCUUAUGGGCCGAAGGAUCUCUCUGAUGGUGAUGAGGAGAAGAUUGGAGGCAAUGUGGGGAAAGCAUGGCAAUCUAGAGGUGAUAGACCUAGAAAAUGACUAUUUUCUUGUGAGUUUCUUUAAUUCAGAAGACCUUGAUUAUGCAAUUAUGCAGGGUCCUUGAAAAAUAUUUGAUCACUAUUUAGUUGUUC